GUUCUGGAUGCCAUCGGGGUACAUGAUGUGGUAGCCAAAUAUGAUAACCUCCUGCCAGACGACACGGUGCUGAUCCAGCCCUUAUUGCCAGCUGCAGUACAGACGGGGCACAGCGACAGCCCUUCUUCUCUGUGUCCUGAUGAGCUAUACCUCGGUCAAAAUGGACACAAGUCCCACGGGACUCUCCAGGCUCAGGAAUGCUUCCAUUUCACAUACCGCAACGUCACCAUUGAAGAAGUGUUUGUGGGAAAAGCCUAUUUCCAGCAAACUUGGAAUCGAACUGGAAAAAGCGUUUCUGAAAGGUGCACGGCAGAGAUGGCUAGCGAGAAGGGGUGCGUGGAAAUUCCCAUGGUCAUGUACGAACCGCACCGUGAACCCUACACGCAAGAACCCUCUGCACCAGAGUACUGCAGCCAAGGGGGUUAUGAGUAUCCUGCUCCCCCACCUUACACCUGUCGAGAAACAGCCACCCUUGAGCCUCCAGUUUACAUGGUGUCUCAGCCACCGGUCAUCGUAGCAGGAAUCUUCUCAAGCAAGCCAACGUCCACGAUAUGCCCUUCCUGCCGCCUGCACAUCACCACACAGGUCACCUACAGACUGGGCCGACUGUCUUACCUCCUGUGCGCCAGCCUGUGCAUGGUUGGGUGGCACAGUGUAGCUGAUUAUUUAUUCACGGUGCGCUACGUUAUGAGACUCUUUACUGUGUUAUACGUGAG